AUGGCCCGAGUCAGGCGAUGGGCUGAAAAGCUGAAGAUGCCAUCGGAGCCCGGACUGAGCAAUGCUCAGUUGAUGUUAACAAAUGAAGACUUGCGGCCAGUCGAUCCUGACCGGCGUCAGUGGAAAUGGUUCAAUUUCAUCGCUUUCUGGAUUGCGGAUUCGCUAAAUAUCAACACUUGGAUGAUCUCCUCUUCGAUGAUAGUCGAUGGCCUCUCAUGGUGGCAGUCUUGGAUCUGCGUUUGGGUCGGAUACUUCAUCGCAGCCGUCUUUAUCUGCCUUACUGGUCGCAUCGGUGCGAAAUACCAUGUUCCAUUUCCUGUCGCUAUAAGAUCUAGUUUUGGAAUUUGGGGCUCAUUUUGGCCGGUUCUGAACCGUGCCGUUAUGGCUGUCAUCUGGUACGGAGUGCAGUCAUACAUUGGAGGACAAUGCGUUACUGUGAUGAUCGAGGCCAUCUGGCCUAGCUAUGCCCAUCUUCACAACUCCCUUCCUGCCAGUGCUGGCGUCGAGACCAAAGACUUCGUCAGCUUUUUCCUCUUCUGGCUUCUAUCGUUGCCUGCUCUGUGGUUCCCAAUCCAUAAGAUCAGACAUCUGUUUACCGCCAAGGCGAUCUACUCUCCUAUUGCCGCCAUAGCUUUCUUCGCGUGGUCGAUUGCUCGCGCAAACGGUAUUGGACCGGUUGUACAUCAGCCCGCUACAGUCCACGGAAGCACUCUUGCCUGGGCGAUUGUGAAGGCGAUCAUGAGCUGCCUGGGAAACUUUGCUGCCCUCAUCAUGAACGAUCCCGACUUCUCGAGAUUUGCAAGGAAGCCAAAGGAUGCAUUGUGGUCGCAGCUGCUGACGAUCCCUAUUGGUUUCGGCAUCACUUCGUUCAUUGGCAUUAUCGCAUCCUCAGCUUCCGCCGUCAUCUACAACAGAGACCCUGUGUGGAAUCCGCUUGACCUGCUAAGAAUGUUCUUGGAUGGAGCUAGCUCGGGCGAAAGAUUCGGAAUCUUCGUGAUUGCCACUGGGUUUGCCCUUGCACAGCUGGGAACUAACAUUUCAGCCAAUUCCGUGUCCGCUGGUACGGACUUGACUGCUUUGGUUCCACGGUAUCUGAACAUCCGACGUGGUAGCUAUAUCUGUGCUGCAGUUGGUUUGGCUAUGUGCCCGUGGAACCUUGUGUCUUCGUCCAACCAGUUCACCACAUAUCUCUCGGCCUAUUCCAUCUUCCUGUCUGCCAUUGCCGGUCCCAUGAUCUGUGACUACUACCUCAACCGCAAAGGCUACCUUCAGGUCAAAGAUCUCUACAGCGCCAGUAGGGAUGGGCCAUAUUACUUCGUCUUCGGCUUUUCCUGGCAUGCGUAUGCCUCGUAUCUCUCCGGCAUCCUUGUCAAUAUCGUCGGCUUUGCGGGUGCUGUUGGUCGUACCGUCCCUGUGGGAGCUCAGUACAUUUACAACAUCAAUUACUUUUCGGGCUUCUUAGUCUCCGCCGUGAUGUACUACAUACUCACCCGCGUCUUUCCUUUGCCUGCAUCGAGCGACCGAUGGAACGAAGUGGAUUCCGAUGAUGAGGUGGCCUAUGGACAGGAAGUGGACUCGGAUGACAUGCACAUGCCCGGGGAAGUGAGCUCGCUUGAUAAGGACUCAUAUUCGGAUCGGAAAGCAGCCAAGAUUGCCUCGGGGGCGAUGGUUUGA